AGAUUUGUGUUCAGAGUUAACGUUCUGUCAGAGUGAAGAGAGAGUGUUGGUGUGAGAGUGAAGAGUGAGACACAUUCGAGACGCUCCACUGAGCAGACGAGUGACGACGAUGUGGGUGAAGCCUAACAGGACGUCGCCGUGUUCCUCUGUGGAGGUCCUGCUGAGCACAGUGACCACUGUGCUGUUUGCUGUGUGUGUUGGACUCGUCAUCGUGUCCUGGUUAACGCUCCAUCCAGGAAAUGGAGGACAAACAGGAAGCAGCAGUUCGAGGUUUAGUGGAACGCUGACCAUCUCAGAGGGAGCAACUUUCACUGAGGAGCUGAGGAACAGGAGCAACAUGCACUUUAAAGCUCUGGCCUUCGAUACAGAGCUUCUGAUUACAGAAGCCUUUACGCUCAGCUCCUUAAAAGCUCAGUUCAGGAGCUGCAGAGUGAAUGAAUUCAGUCCAGGCAGCGUGAUUGUACACUUCACCUUGCUGUUCAUGGACAUUGUGGAAAUGACAGAGGUGCAGGAGCAGUUCAUCUCUGCUUUACAGAAUAUUCCAGAUGCAGCACUUGUCAUAAACAGCAGCAGUGUUUACAUCACAGACAUUUCCACCACGCAGGUUCCUCCUACAACUGCACCUGAACCAGUAAAAUGUCCCGAUGGACAUAAAUUGUGCAGAGAUGAUGUGACAUGUGUUCCUAUAAACCACUUCUGUGACGGAGAACCAAACUGCCCUGAUGCUUCAGACGAGUCUCACAGCACUUGUGCGACUGUGUGUGAUGGACAGUUCCUCUUGCUGGGGCCGAGUGGAUUUUUCCACAGUAAGAAUUUCCCCCUGGAUUAUGACAGUGAUACAGUCUGUCGCUGGAUCAUACGCGUUAAUGAAGGACUGAACAUUCAGAUGGACUUGGGGACGUUUGAUACGGAAGAGGAAAUCGAUCUUCUGAAUCUGUACGAGGGAAUCGGUGAUGCUAAAUCACUGACGUACUCGCUGUCAGGUUCGUCUCCUGGAGUUCUUUGGAUUUUUUCCCAUGAGGCCACAGUGGAGUUCACGUCCAAUUUUAUCAACAACCGGCGAGGCUUCAACGGCACGUAUCGAGCGGAGAACCUCACACAGCUCAGCAAUGAGGUGAAGAUUAACUGCUCGUUUGAGAACGGAUUCUGUUUCUGGAGACACGAUGCUGAUGAUGAUGGAGACUGGAUGAGGAAGAAAGGACCUUCUGUUCCAGGUCUGACCGGGCCGAGCUUCGACCACACCUUCGCUAACCAGUCUGGGUAUUACAUCAUAACUCAGAUGAAUCCAAGGAACUCGGAGGAGAUCUUCCGUGUCCGAAGCCUCCCACUGGCUCCCACAACAGAGCCGACGUGUCUGAGAUUCUGGUAUCACAUGUACGGUGAGGACGUCUGGCGUCUGACAGUAAACACAGAGAGAGACUCCAUCCUCACGCUCCUCUUCCAGAAAGAGGGAAAUUAUGGAAACAACUGGAAUUACGGACAAAUAACCGUAAACAACACGACAGAUCAAACGAUUGUAUUUGAAGCACGUAGGAGAGGAGGCUUGAGGAGCAAUAUUGCUCUGGAUGACCUCAGCCUGACAUCAGGGCCGUGUGGACCUUCAGUUCCAGAUCCCACUCCAGUCCCGCUCCCGUCCACACCUCCUCCGGUGCCGGCUGACUGUGGAGGUCCUUUCGACCUUUACGAAUCAAACUCGACCUUCAGCUCACCAAAUUAUCCUCAUGGCUACAGACACAAUGCAUCAUGUGUGUGGAUUUUACACGCUAAACCAGGACAAAAUAUCCAGCUGCAUUUCCUAGACUUCUCUUUAGAGGCAGCGUUUGAUGUGCUGGAGGUUCGUGACGGAGUCGAGCCACAUUCCACUUUACUGAGUGUGUUAACGGGCGUGCGUGAGUUUCCUGACCUCUUCUCCACGACCUCGGAGAUGACGCUGAUGUUCUUCUCUGAUUCUUCUGGAAGCUCUCGUGGAUUUCAGGCUAACUUCAGCACGGGCUUUAACCUCGGUCAGCCAGCGGCGUGUCAGGAGGAUGAGUACCGCUGCAGGUCUGGAGUGUGUGUGUCUGCGGUCAGUGUGUGUGACGGCGUCAGGAACUGCCCUGAUGCUUCAGAUGAAACACACUGCGUGAGUGUAGCAGCUUCUCAGGUUCCUGGAGCUCCUCGUUUGAUGAUUGAGGUUCAGAAGCUCCUCUACACGGCCUGCUCCUCCCUCUGGAGCUCAAACUGCUCACUCUACUUUUGCAGAUAUUUAGGCUACAGAUCAGGAGACGCUUCGUUGGUGUCUGCUGUGGGUGAAGAUGCUCCGUUCGCCAUCGUGACUCAGGCUGCUGACGGCUCAGUCACCAUUAAACCCAGUGAAACUUGUCCCAGUGAGAAGGUCGUUUCGCUCCACUGUGAUAAUCAGCCGUGUGGAAGACGGAAGGUGAUAAUGAGCCCGGAGUCUGAGGUCAGAGAGUCGAGAGCGGAGAUGGAGAAGGAAUCCAGUGAAGGUGUGGAUGGGAGGAUUGUAGGAGGAGAGGACGCAGUGAAGGGGGCGUGGCCAUGGAUCGCCUCAUUACGCUGGACAGGACGAAUCGUCUGCGGAGCUACAUUAAUCGACUCGCAGUGGCUGGUUACGGCUGCGCACUGCGUUUACGGGAAGAACAUUCACUUGUCCAACUGGAACGUGAUUUUGGGUCUUCAUGCUCAGUACGAGUCCAACACUUCAGACAGACAGCAUCAUCAAAUCCAGCAGAUUAUCAUGAACCACAACUACAACAGAAGAACUAAAGACUCAGACAUCGCACUCAUACACCUACAGAACAAAGUCAGCUUCACAGACUACAUCCAGCCGAUUUGCCUCCCUGAUUCCCAUCAGCAGUUUGCAGCAGGAAGAAAGUGUGUGAUCGCAGGCUGGGGGAGAUUAAGUGAGGGAGGUACUGUAGCUGAUGUAUUACAACAGGCUGUGGUCCCCCUCAUUAAUAACAGUGUUUGUCAAGAGAGACUUCCUGAGUACAACAUCACUGGACGGAUGAUGUGUGCGGGAUACCCUGAGGGAGGAAUCGACACCUGCCAGGGCGACUCUGGAGGGCCGUUGGUUUGCGAGGAGGAGGACGGGUCCUGGGUUUUGGCGGGUGUGACGUCGUUCGGCGUGGGCUGUGCUCGACCUGGACGUCCCGGAGUUUAUGCUCUACUCACACACUUCACAGACUGGAUACUGGAGACUCGACGCCUGUACGCACACUGGGACGGAGUGAGAUGAGGACGUAGGCAGGGACACUGUAAAUAUCACUGAGUUUUAAAUAACAUAGUUUUAUUUUUCAGCUGUAUUUCACCUGGUAUUCAAAGUAAUGCUCAAAUCUGGUGUGUACAGGAGUGUGUUCUCUGUUCAUUAACACAUUAUAGAACCAAACGCUGCUCUGAUCAGAUGAUUGCUAUUUUAUUAGUUAGGUUUGUAGUCAAAUGGAUGUAAAUAAAAGGGUUUUCAACA